CCUGCGCAUGCGCGACCGCUGCCGGGCCGGGGACCAUGGGCAGGAGGCGAGAGGGGCUGAGCGUGGCCCGGGAGGCAAACCCAAGCAUUGCCAAACACAGAAGUGCCAUUCCUGUGCUCUGGGAUCAGGUGACAUGCCGUGGUGCUCCCCUUGGGCUCAGAGGAAGCUGUGCAGGUGCCUCUGGGAAGCUUGGCAUCUCAACAGCCCUGGCAGAGUUGCCUAAUAACAAGGGACUUGGAAAUUGCUGUCUGAUUGAUGGACUGGAGGAGAAGCUGGCACACUGCAGACAGAGCAUGGAGGAGGUGGAUCUUAAACUGCGCAGGGAGAAGCUCAGCCCUGAAGGAAGAAAGUCACUGGAGAGAGAGAGAAACUUACUAAUGACCAAAGCUGACAACUAUGAGAAAGAACUGAGUGCACUUCGUAAGGAAAAUCGCAAGAAUGCUGCUCUUGCUGUGGCCAUGGGGUUACUGAUUGCUCUUAUUUAUGCCUGCUGGACGAUGUGAUUGCACUCCAGAAUUCUCCCUGCUGACCCAAUGACUCUCCCGCAAGGAGAUCUUCCUCCUCUUGCCACUGUGCCUCCCGCAAGGGUGAAGAUCAGCAUUUCAAGUUGUUGUUCCUGUUUAUCCUCUCCAAGCCUCCUUGUAGGGAAGCUUUUUCUUUUGAGAAUUGAGGGGGACAGGAGACCAACCAGAAAUCAAAGCACACUUGUAGGUGGAAAUCAGGUCAAGCUGAGCUCAAAGUGGUGCUGUCUUAACCCAAAAAUGCAGUCAAGACCAUCCAGCCUGAAGCAGGAAGGCACUAUGUUCUCCCUUUUGGAGAGGACUUCUGUGGUUGCAGACAAGUGCUCUCUGCCCAGCCCAGUUGGAAUACAUCCCACCUUCUCAGUUCCGUUCCUGUGACCUAAAGACUCUACCUGUCCCCAAAGCUGAGCUAAACAGAGAUGUUUUCUCCUCCACAAUGACUUACAGGACCAAAGGAAUCCUACUACCUCCACAAAACAGAUGGGAGGUAGGUAUCUCCUUUUCUCCAACUUGACAUCUAAGUGCUUGGGCUUUGAGGAAGUCUCCAGUGUAUCAGAGUUUGGUAGCCAUUUUGUGUCUCUGAGAAUCAAAAACUGCAAAAGAGAAUUUACUAUUAACUCCUAGGGAUGGAAGUGCCUCUGCAGGGCUUUAAAUAAAAUAAUUUGACCUUGUAACUUCUUGGUUUUUUUUUUUUCUGUUUUGUAACAUACUUCUCAGCCACUGUUUUAUUCUCAUCCUGCCAUCUCCCUGCUGGCACGCACUGUGUCAGUUAAGCCUAGACUGGGUUAGGCACUUAACAUCACUGGUCAGUGAGGUCUUAACAGUGGGUUAUUGGUCCGUUGUGGCGUGGUAUCUACACGAGUGUUCGCUUCCUUUGAGUGGAAAAGCAGCCUAGCAUGCUGCAGAGGAGCGCUGGAGACUGUCCUCUGUAGUCCCCUCUCAUUCUGAUCCAGUCACGUACACUAGA